GUUCCUCGACAGCUACAAAGAGGGGCCAUGGAGAGACUGCGAGGGGAGGAGCCUGAGUCCUAAUAGAUAAAAAGAACAGGAGAGUUGUGAGAGGGCAGACGUUUCCACUGGUAUGGGUUUGGAGUUCUGGAUGCAGGGCUGAUGGUGCAGCAGGCCUUACAGUUCCAGGCUGUCGCCCCUCACAGGAAGUGCACACAGGAAGUCACUCUUGACCCCAUCAGGAUCCUGCCCUCUGGAGGAGAGGUCAGUGUGAACAUCCAAUCAGCAGACUGCUUGGGGACAGACGCUGAGGUCAACACGCUGGAGCAUGUACAGGUGAAGGUGAGUCUCAGCAGUGUGUGUCGUGGUGACCUCUCCAUAGCCCUAGUGUCCCCGGCGGGCACAGUGUCUCUGCUCCUGGCCACGCGGAGCAACGAUGACUCGGCCGCCGGCCUGAGGAACUGGACCCUGAUGAGUGUACAGUCCUGGGGGGAACACCCUCACGGCGUCUGGACACUCAAGGUGACAGACAACAAGGGGACAGUGGGCCGCUGUGUGAGGGUUAGCUCAGAGGAGGCAGCGGGAGCCCUCCUCAGUGUCACUCUUYUCCUCUACGGCACCUACAACCCACACAGGAGCCUGCACGGUACGAGGCAUCUGUGUGUGUGUUUGUGUAUGUGUGUGCGUCACUGUCUGUCUGUCCGUCCGUCUCUCCAUUUUUCUGUUCGUUCUUUCUUCCGUCCGUCUGUCUACUCUCUAUAUCACCCAUCAGGAAAGUCUCCCUCUCCUCGUACCAACUGUGAGUCCACUCCCAUUUCCCCACUGCUGUACACUAACUGUAGUGAAGUCAGUUCGACAGUAUGUCUCUAUCCCUCUUAUUCGUCUCUUCAACCUCUCCCCUCCUCUCCCCUCCUCCCCUCUGUGAUAACUGCAGUCAUUUCUCUUGGCAGCGGCGGCAGGUGGUGACCAGGGGAA